CAGAUUAAUAAAAUUAAUCAGACUUAUAACCGUAACUGAUAAUGUAGGGUUUCAAAUUUUGCUGAAUAAGAGUAUAAAUUGAUUUGUUGAUAUUACCUAUUUUACUAUGAGCACAAGCUGUAGUUAGUUGUUUUGAAUUUGAUGAAUUUGCUGGAAAUAAGUCAGUGAGUGCAAUAACCCUAGUGUUGUCUAUUAUUAGAUCUAAAUAUAAUAUAAUUCUAUAAACUAACCCAGUUUGUGAUUCUAGAGUGACUACAGGGUGAUGGCCAAUGGUACAAAGGAGAAAUGGGACCCAGCACUGACUCGCCUCCUCAACUCGCUUCAACACGCCAGCAACCUCCCUUCGACCGACGAGGAAUUGGGAUUUCUUAGCACUUUGUUACAAUCGAAAGAACUUCAUGCUUUAGUUAAUGUUCAUAACAAAAUAAUUAGCAAUGGCGCUAGUGACAAGUUCUUUCCGAUGCUAUCAACAUCGAUGGACAUCCUCACCGAUGUUCUUGAAGAAUUGGUCAGAAAGCCAUACAUGUCCGAAGACUGCAAAGAGUUGUUUUAUUUAUUACAGAAGCCUCAUAUACAGGGUUUGCUCUACUCACACGACUCAGUAGCUCAAAAAGAUUAUUACCCUCAUCUUCCGGAGAUACCUCGAGACACUGAAGAAGAUGAAGAAACUAUUAAAAUUGUUCAGUUAGUUAAGAGCAAUGAACCAUUGGGAGCUACUAUCAAGACCGACGAAACUACAGGAAAAAUUGUGAUAGCCAGAGUGAUGCACGGUGGAGCUGCUGAUAGAUCCGGAUUAAUUCAUCCUGGAGAUGAAGUAGUUGAAGUUAAUAAUAUUACUGUUGAGGGUAAAACGCCCAAUGAUGUUCUACAAAUUUUGCAAAACUCUGAAGGGACAAUAACUUUUAAACUAGUGCCGGCCGACUCAAAAUCUGGAGCUAGAGAAAGUAAAGUUCGAGUUCGAGCUCACUUUAUUUAUGAUUCCUCAGUUGAUCCAUACAUUCCAUGUAAGGAAGCGGGUUUAGAUUUUGUUAAAGGAGAUGUUUUACAUAUAGUUUCACAAGAUGACGCUUAUUGGUGGCAAGCAAGAAAAGAAGGUGACAGAAAUAUGAGAGCUGGACUUAUUCCAAGCAGAGCUCUUCAAGAAAGGAGAAUCAUACAUGACAGGACACAAACGAAUAAAAAUGGUGAAGAUGCUGAAAAUGAUGAUUUCGACCGGGAGCAGCUAGCCACUUACGAAGAAGUGGCCAAAUUGUAUCCGAGGCCUGGUAUGUAUAGACCGAUUGUACUCAUCGGCGCGCCUGGUAUUGGAAGAAACGAAUUGAAAAGAAGACUCAUCGAUACCAAUCCUGGCAAAUAUAGGACGCCGACUCCUUUUACAACGCGGCAGAUGAAACCUGGUGAAGAAGAUGGCAAAGAAUAUUUCUUUGUGGCUAGAGAAAUUAUGGAGAAAGAUAUUGAAGACGGCAAAUUCAUCGAGUUUGGUGAAUACAAAGGAAAUCUUUACGGGACCUCAGCAGAAAGUGUCAAAGCUAUCGUAAAUGCUGGAAAAGUCUGUAUACUCAAUCCGCAUUAUCAAGCACUGAAGAUGUUACGGACGCCCCAGCUGAAACCUUAUAUAAUUUAUAUUAAACCACCAAGUCUGGAGAUUCUCAAAGACACCAGAAACGCGUGUCAUGCAAGAUCUACUUUUGAUAUUAACAAUUCCAGAGGUUUUACGGAGGAUGAAUUCAACGACAUCAUAAGAUCAGCUACAAGAAUCGAAUUUUUGUACGAUCAUUUUUUCGACGAGACCAUUGUUAAUGCCGAUCUAGCCAUUGCCUUCAGUCAGCUCGUCAGUGCUGCCAAUCGGCUAGAAACUGAACCACUGUGGGUACCCGGUUCAUGGGUUCAGUGAUUUUUUGGCUAUUGUUGUGUUACUGUUAAAUCAUUUUUAAAUUUUUUUAUUUUUUAGAAUGUACAUUAAAAAUGUUAUCGAUUAUGAAUAUACUAUACAUACAUGUACCAUGUUUUAAAAUUUGACGUACAUUAACGUUAAUAUUUGUUUAAACGUUGUCAAAAACACUAAAAUUUUCCUCGUGGGACGUCAAUAAAUAAACGUAUAAAGUUCAGGUUCCUAUAUUCUUGCGUUUGAUAAAUAAUUUACGAUUAAGUUUGAUAAAUAAGAUAUUUUUUUGUUAAAAUUUUGAAAUUAUUAUUAUUCUGAAUAAUAAUUUGACAUAGUUUCUUGUAUGUAAAUCUAAAGCAUGGUAUGUUUGUUAAUAAAACU